ACACCCCCCGCUAGGUGGCGCGCAAUACGCCAGUAGUUCCAGCCCCUCGACCCGAAAUCGCAGGCUCUUUAGUUAGUUGCAUGGGGUGAGAUCAAAACAGUACACAGUUGUAGGCCUACUGCAAUGCAAUAGGCAUAGUUCCCAGCCCUGAGUAGUAGUACCCAGCCCACUCUAGUAGCAGUUGUAGUCCAUUCAUAGCCCAGUCAAAAAUCAAUGUUCCAAACCAUGGCUAUAUCUCUAAUCUCGCCAACAGAUAGGUUAGCACUGUUUAUAAUCGUUAACUAGUGUCUAUUUCUCGGCAAAUCUAGGCGUUUUUUAAAUCGCGACCUCCAUGUUUUGUGUUGUUAGUGUGAUAAAUGAAUAAUUCGUCCAGUAUGGGCACCGAACAACAGUUCUGUUUGCGAUGGAAUAAUCACCAGAGCACUUUGAUAUCAGUGUUUGAUUCGUUGCUGGAGAAUUCAGUGCUUGUGGACUGCACCCUGGCUGCCGAUGGCCAACAACUCAAGGCCCACAAAGUCGUCCUAUCAGCCUGCAGUCCUUACCUUGAGACGAUACUCAGCCAACACCACGACAAACACCCGAUUAUCAUCCUCAAAGAUGUCAAAUUCGCCGAACUGCGUGCCAUGCUCGAGUAUAUGUACAGGGGUGAGGUCAACAUCUCCCAGGAACAGUUAGGCAAUUUCUUGAAAGCGGCCGAAACAUUACAAAUUAAGGGCUUGACAGAUAGUGGGGGACGGGGGGUGACAGGGGGGAAUAGUAGUAGCAGUAAUGGUGGGGGUGGGGUUGCAGAUUAUAAUAAGUACAAAGCGCAGGGACAGUCAGCCGUUAUGCAGACUGAAUACAUGCCAGUGGAUCAUCAUAGGAGGGCGGCAAUGUAUCCUCGGGAGGAAGGGGGCUCCCGUGCGGGGGGAUUGAUGCCAGACGAGAGGAAACAAGGGUUGGUGAUACCUUCACAUGUGGUGACUGAUAGGGCACCCCAGAGCCCCCUAGCGGCACGGGAGGGCAGUGUCUCCCCGACCUUGAGGAAACGGCGCAAGAUGAGUAACUAUGAACCGACAAACCUGCGGACGACUUUCCCAUCGUCCGACACCCCGGACACGACCAGCGCCUUCCCGGAGUCCCUUCCCCCUCACGCCGCCUCACAGGGGUCGCCUUCGCCCCCUCUGUCGGAGUCCGCGUCAUCCGCAGCAGCCGUGCCGCAGGACUACGGACGGCAGCCGUCGGCCGUGGUGAAGACGGAGAUGUGCAACGAUACGACCAGUGAGAACGAGGACUCGGUGACGGGUGACGACCGCAGUCUCAAUGCCGGCGACGACGAGCGAUCCAAUGCCGCCCCCAUGCCCGCUGCCGGACCGUCCACACACUUCAUACCGCACGGCUUUGGUGAUAAACAACACCCCCUACAAGAUGGCUCAAAUGACGAAUUCAGUCCCGAAGAUCUUCAUAAUAGCACACAAGAUCUCCACGACACUAUGGCCAAACUAGCUGAGAACACCGAGCUGCUUCUUUUCAAACGAAAACUGAAACCCGACCUGAUAACUCUGAUGGGGGGUGGGGGCCCUCUGCCUGGGGGUGGCGACCUCGACCAAGAAAACCAACCGCUGCUCGGAGGCGGCAGUGGGGGCGGCAAGAAACAGUCUCAUUUUUUAUGGGACAACCGGCAGGACCUGACUCGCCGUUGCUUCUGUCCGAAGUGCGACAAGCAUUACAGCUGCAAGUCGGCGCUCAACCGACAUCUGAAGCUGGAGUGCGGCAAGGAGCCUCAGUUCCAGUGCCCUGAGUGCUGUCGGCGCUACACGCAACGCAGCAGUUUGAUGGCGCAUUUCAAGAAGUUCCAUGAGAACGCCGUCAGUCCGUUUCCGUUCAACCUCAGCCAAUAGCAACCACUGGUGCCGCCCACAAGCGGCCACGGUCACGCCCACGCCUUAUUGGCCAAUAGCGUCUCGUCUAUGCUCAAUCUACCGCUGUUAGCUCCGCCCACCCAUCAUCCCAUGCAUCAUCAGGCUUUGGAUGGUUUCCAAUAGGAGGUCAUCAGAGAGAACAUUCAUAAGAUGGAUUGAUGGAUCGUAAAUAGUGAUUCUACAAAAUAUUACCCUACAAAAAGUAGAUCUUCAUCAAAGUUUCACUCUGGGAUUAGACACAAACUUGAGUCUGGAUGGCUUCCUGCAUGAUUCGAGAAAACAUUCCAUGAAAUUCUGAAACAUGUGGUGGAUUUCAUUGCACUACGCAAUUAUGAGUCCAAUUACUUUUACUAUGAAAUAUUCACCUGACAGUGCCGUUUGCAAUUCAUGCAAUUCAAGAUCAAUCUGAAGAAACUCUCUAAUUAGAGUUUAAAAAAAUCCUGAAUAAAACAGAAACUCCUGUUGCUGGAUAAUUUAUUAAUUUAUAAAAGUAGUGAGAAUCAGUUCUUUGAAAUAUGGGAGUAAUAUAGCCGAGAAUGAAGCCUCUCAGUUUUAUAUUUCCAUCAAACUACUCCAGAAACAAUAAUUAAUCAAAUCUCAUAUGAGUCAGCGAUCCUGAUGUAUCAGGACUGCAUAAUUGAUUUCUCAGACCUAGAAACAGUAGUAUUCACCAAAGUGUGUUCGAAUUCCUUGAGAGUCUUCCAAAGACGUUUUUGUAGUUGAGAGAAUAGCCCAUUUUUAUUUUUCAAAAGUAUAAUAGACUUCGAAUUUUCUUAUUAGCUUGAUUUUUGUGUAUAAUUUGUAAUAAUUACUAUUAUUGUGACUAACUGAAGCUUGCUGGACUGGAACUGUGAGGCAUAUUACUGGAGUAGCAUUUUUUGGAAUGUAAUGUACAAAUAAUGUACGGAUUAAACCGGUAUACCUCAAUCUACCUCAUGUAUUACCUUGAAUCGAAUUUGAUUCAAGUGGUAUACCUUUGAUGAAAUAAUAUUCAACCCUGCAACAUUCUUGAGUUUGGUGAUUUUAAUGAGGUACCAAAGUUAUAUUUUAUAUGGGUGCUCCAAAAUAGUAAUUAAUUACAAUAACAUUCAAUGAAAACUCAAUACAGCUUUAGUUUUCCGAUCUAGCUCUUUCGUUAGUUUUGGUGGGAAUGAUAUAAUAUUAUCAACUCAAUAUAUUAUAUAACAGUACAAUAAUUGAUGUUCUCCAUUGGAAGCUUUGGUUGAAACGAUAGAAAAGACGAACUCCGUCCUUUUUUGAAGUUACUAUUCCUUCCAACUGCUCUAGUCCGGUAACGUUAAAUUCGUAACGAAAUUACUCAUUUUCCCCACUGAGGCCUCAUACUUCUCCACUAGAGUCUCACUCUAGAAUCAUCCUUCUUAUCACUUUCCCAGAUCAAACGAUCAAAAAUAAAUUGAUAGAAACAUUCAUCUACAUUCAUAUUAUAACCGGAUCAAUUACGAGCAGCCCACAACAAUUGGAGCUCGUAGACACACAAAUUGAAGGAUUUAAAUUGAAGUAAUUAUAUAAAACAAUCUCAAAGUAAGUUUAACUAUUGAAAAUCUCUCAGGUGUAAUAAAUAGUACAAAUUUUAUCUACUACUAGGUGAACAACAUUUUACCAUUAUCAAGAUCUGUUUUAGAAUAUCAAUUUGUAGAUCUGUUAAUAAUGAACAGAAUGGAUCAAUCAAUAACUUAAGAUGAUGCAAGAAUGUACAAUUUUUGGAAUUUUUCUACAACCAGAGUGUUUCUAACAGAUGAAUAUAUUUUCAAAAUAUUGAUAAAACUGCAUUUAAAAUGAAAAAUAUUGAACAAAUCAAAGUAGUAUACGGUUCUAGUCAAAUUUUCGAAGUCAUUUUCAAGAAUGUCCUUCUAUGUUACCAAUUCUAAUUCGUAUUAUAUCUCUAACUUAUUAUAAAAGAAAGCUAGUCAAUCACAGUGUACCAUAUAAUUGGCCUAAACACUCUUUUAUGCCCUUUCACACUUUUCUCUACAUUAAAACUUCUAGCUCAAACUUCCAUCGAAUUUGAUCACAGCUCAUAUCCUUGCAACAGGUUGCCAACUCUUCCAUACUAGGCUAAUUCUUACUAAACUUUUUCUAAUAGGUCAAUAGAUUAUACCAGAAAUUAACGAUAUUUCCAAUCAUAGGUUUGUCUAUCCAUGAUGUGUUCGAAUAAGUUACCUUCCAGCAUUUGAAACUUGUAUGAUAAUAUUGUGGCUUCUAAGUACAAAUAUUUGUGGAACAUUGUAAACAAUAAUGUAUUCUAGCGUGAAGAUAAUGUCAUGAACUUUGUAAAUGUUAGGUGUAAACAUUUAAUAUCCAGGUAUUAAAUUCAGCCAACGGAUUACCUCGACUCAUCAGAGUGCUCGUGCAAUUUAUGUGUUCUUUCAAAUAAUGGUAUAUUUAUUGUAGUAAUUGUGCAAUUUUGUAUAAAAGUGCUUUCCAAAAUUCCGGAUGAUAACCGAGAAACUAGAAAAGUCAAGUAUUUUUCGUCAAAAAAUCUUAUUCUCAACAGUAACUAACAUAGGUGAAAAAUUUGAAGAGAAUUGUAGAUAGUAUUAAACAAUGUAAUCAGGAAGAUGAUUUCCUCACAAAAUGUCCUAAAAAUUGCAGACUCCAUUAACCUUCGCGAGGCAACAAACCUAUUGUGUAUCAUGUGAGCAGUUGCAUCUAGCUACUCGCUCAAGUUCUUCCAAACUUGAAAGUUUGUUUGCUUAUAAAACAUUAAUAAUGGAAUGUAUUUUCACCUUCAUUGGUUUUAUCUCCAUCUUACAUAAUGGAAGCUCACCUUAAUCUUAUUUUUGCUAGUUUCUUACAAUGUUGUGACUGAUCACAGUUCUAGUCGUUUUCCAUAACUUUCUAUCCUCAAAUACAUGCACAGUUUCCCUAGAAUUGUCAGUGGCUUCUUGGUUAUUGAGUAGAGUAGUAAUUAACGUAAUUUCAUUCCUCAUUUUAUUAAAAUCAUCAAUCUACGAGAUAAAACUUAUUAGCAGUGCUUAUUAGUAAUGCUCAUGAUAAAUAUUAUUUGGCUAUAAUUGACUUUUUAUUUCCGAAAUGGAGAGAUGCAGUGCCAAUAAUCAGCUUAGUAAAUAAUCAUCAUUUUUUGUGAAUCAAUACACAAGAAUGUAUGAAAGAAAUGAAAUAACUGAAACAAUUUGAAAAUUCUAAAGCUAGAAAAAAUAUUAUGAUAAGUAAAUGCUAAUGUAAAAAGUUUUCGACUGGAGUAAAUAAGUACAAAUUAUAUUUUGAAUACUGUAUAAGAAAUACGAAAAAUUCAUUUGAUAUCGGCCUACUAAAUUUCUUAUUACAAGUUGGUUGGUUUGAAGUAUCCGAAGUUUUGGAACGCACUUUGCAUCAUUAAUUAAUGUGUAAGAUUUCAAUCUUCUUGUAGUACCUUAUCAAUGUAAAAAUCUAUCUUUGUAAUACUUGUUCGAUGGAGUGACUAAAUGUAAAUACUGUAGUUUGUGAUGGGAGAAAUAUUCUAAUGAGUAUAGCUUUUUGAAUGUAAGUAGUUUCCGUGUAUGAGAGUGAUUGUUGGCAUAUUAUGUGAAUGUGAUCUACUCGAAUUGAUGUUUUUGAUGUUGAACCAGGCCUUGUGACUGUUAACUAUAACGGAGAUUACUCAAUUCAUUGUGGAACUGUGAGAAGCUUCAGAUAUGUUCGUGAUAUUAUGUUUGAAAAAUUCUGUCAUAUUUCAUUUCACAGAACAUCAAUACACAUGCAUGAUCAACAAUAAUGCAUGUUGCACUCUUCAUUGUUGGAGUGGACAAGGUAUUAAGGUGCGUACAGAUUUACGCGCCGCGAACAUGAGCAAUUCAUUUUUAAUCAGCUGAUGCCAAGCUUUUUAUAUCCGUAUCUUACCGUUUCUGUGAAAAUACAGAUAUAGCCAGCUGAUUAAAAUUGAAUUGCUCAUGUUCGCGGCGCGUAUAUCUGUACGCACCUUUAGACAUUCAAUCAAGUCAUGCUUACAUCUUGAAUUACAAUGCUGAUCUCAAAAUGGUAAUCUGAUUACUUUUAUUGAUAAUGUUGGAGCUAGUAACACUGAAUUUAUUCCAUUUCCUCUCUGUGGAGAAUGAAAAUUAAUGUAAAUAUCCAAUUUCAUAUACCACACUAUUCUGUUGGUUCAAUUAUGAAGCUAUAUUUUUUCAAAUAUUACUCGAAUUAAAAUACUUUCUAUUUUCAUUCAUUGGUUUUAGAGAUGUUUAACAAGAAAGAAUCACGAUAAAAAUUUCAUCUCAGGACCAAAGUGUCCAUACUCGCAUAUUCACCAUGUUGAAAAAUUCUCUUGAAUAGAAGAUCAAGAGAUAUUUGUUGAUGAAGGAUCAUAAUCAUCAUCAUCGACUCAUCGAAUUCCUAACACUAUAUUUUUAUCCACAUUAAAAUGCCACGGUUAUAGAAGCUCGUACUCCUGCUCAAAUUCUCAACAUCAUAUUCAUAUUGUAACUGGCAUGUGAACUAUUUUUGUCAGUUAUUCGUCGAUUAAGGCGAACUAUGACUCUUGAUCGUGUUGAAAUUUCAUGAGAAUCUAACGUGUUAAAAUUUUAUCACUAUACAGAAUAUCCAACCGCAUUAUUAUUUUGUGCCCUGGCCUACAAAAACAACAGCUAGCAGAGCAAGCAACAGUAGAACAGCAUCAAUUUUAGUUGCAUGGUUUGAAGGGGGUGGGGGUAAAUAGGGGGAUUUGAUCAGGAGGAAAGUAGGCGUCGUUACCAUGGCAACCAGUACAGCUCUGAGAGUGACGCCUCGUGUUUCACUGUGGUUGGAAUGGGGAGGGGUGGUCAUGAUAGAAAGGAAUAGGGGAAGUUGGGGGAAAGUUGGUUUGUAUGUUGAGGGAGAUGUGGGGAAAUUUGGAGUGGGCAACUGUUGAACAAGGGGGAAAGUUAGUGUGAGGGUGGGUAAGGGUGGUUGUUGGAGGGGAAAGUCAAGUUGGGGGAGGGAAUUUCUGUUGUAAAGGGUGGGAAGGGGUGUGAGGUUGUGUGGGUUUGGAGGUGGAUGAGCGGUAAGUUUGAGUGAUUGGAGGGGGAGUCAAUGGGAAGAGAGAAGUUUGAAAGAUGAUGAGGGAGAAAUUGAAGUGAUGGAGGAGAAGUGAAAGCAAGAGUGGAUUGGAAGGGGAGGGGGAAAGAUGUUUGUGUGAGUUGAGUAGAUGAUGAGGGGGAAAUCUAGAGGGUGAUGGAGGGUGAAUGAAAGGAGAAAGUAAGAUUUGGUGGGAGAGGAGGAGUGGCAAGGCCUCUAUGUGGGUUUGGAGGAUGAUGGAGAAAGUUAGUGGCGAUGAAGGCUUGAAGAAGAGGGAAAGUGAAAGUGAGUGGAAGGGUAGGAGAGGUAAAGUGAAAGUAGGUGAAAAGCCAAGAGAGGGAGAAAGUUUCAGAGUGGAGUGGGAAGAGUGUAGUUUGAAGAGAAGGGGAAGUACGAUUCAGAAAAUGGAAAGCCACUACGAAUCCGUAGCUAACCUAACCUAGCAUUUUGUCAUACGAUAAGAUUCUCAUUGACAAAUUCGCACACAUGUUGGGUCAUUCCGCCACCCAACUCUCCCUCAACGUUUUCCUCGAAUGAAAUCCAUCUCUCAUGCUCAAAUAAAACACAAAUUCAUCCAAAUUUUGUAAGAGAUAGGCUAGAAAGGGUAGUGGUGAGUGAAGGGGUGGUUUAGGCAGUAGUUUGCCGCACACGCCAAAUCGCGGUGGUAUGGCAUUAAUUCUACGCGCAAUAUUAUUGAUUAGCUUUGGAAAUCGGAUGGAGGCUGCUCACUAAUCAGGCAAUGGUGUGCGCAAACCGAGUCUCCAAAUAUCAUCAGCCUACACAAAUCCCGGAUGAGGAUAAUUACAAAAUUAGGUGUCAUUAGAGCCAUGCAGGGUCAGCUAUCACAAAGGUGUAGGCUAUCAAGAUGGAAAACUGCCUGAAUUUGAGACGGAUGUUGUCUAUGGGUUGGAUUGUUUCGUUCCAUUUCAAUUUAUGAUUUGAUGAUUUCGUUGAAUCUUUGUCUCGAAGAAUCAGAUCUGAGGGGCUGUUUAACAAUAAUUAAGUCGUGUACUGUUGGAGCAGCUGUUUAUGAGAUUCCCACACAUAAGUCGAGUGUAGAUACCUUACUUACUUAUAAAUAAGUUGUAAUGCAUGUACAGUGUGUGAGCAGCACAUACUAGACAUACACUGCUUAUUGUAUAGAAUUUAUACUGCUCUUGUUCUGCAAUACAUCAUGCACCUCUAAAUUUCAUUCCCAUCACCAAUCACAAGAUAUGGAUACUGUAAGAGAAAAAAGAGGGAGAACAAUAACGUUUAGACCCCAUUAUAGUACUGACAAGAGAGAACCAAGCAUAAAAUUAUCUGGAAAGAGAAACAUUGCGAGUGAAAAUACGAUAAAUAGGCUGAGAGAGCGGGAGAUACAGAAAGAGAGCUCUUAAAAGCUGAAUAAUCGAGGUGGUCUUUCUAUUUAUUUUGAGAAGUCAAGUUCACCGGGUCCUCUUAGAGCCCCAUUCUCGUAAAGCCUCUUUCCACUUUCCACCGAAUCAAGAUUAAGAGAGAGAGAAAACCAAAUUUAGGGAGAGUAAUAAAAACAGAUUCUCAUGGCACGCCAUGCAAUUGUAUUGUAUUUCUGAAUGAAAUAGAAACCAUCAAAAAAAUUAAUAAGGAUUUAUCUAGCUUCUAGUACUAGUAUGUAUUGAGAAUCACAGUUUUUAGACUAUCACUAUCUCAAUUUCAUUGUCGUUGAAAACCGUUGAUAUUGUCAAUUUUAAUGUUCAAACAAAUUCUCAAAAAUUAAAUGCUAAAUUGGAAAAAACUCUCAACAGUUGGAUUUUUCAGAUCAAUAAAAUAAGCCAAAGAGAACAACAGAUUUUACAGACCAACCAAAUUCACACAAACAAAAUUUCCGGUACCGAAGAGUUUUUAUGAAUUAAAAUCUCAAUCUCAAUCAAUACUAGUUUAUUGUGAUGAAUAAAAUCAUCGAAGGUCUACAAACUUCAGAAAAAUAUCAAUAGUUAUCAUGAAUAUCUGGAGAGCUAAUGUAAUGUAAUUUCGUUUUUCUAUACAUUACAAUAAAUUAUUUCCUUUUGAAAAUCUUAUCAAUUACUUUGGAGCAAAUCAUCUCCAAGUAUAAUUAUUUCUAUUGAAUAUUAGUGAACUCAAUCGUUGAUGCUUUCUAGAAAAAUUUUAAUUAUUAUUGUAACAAUUAUCCUUUUUUCUUUGUAAUUAAUUUAUUUAUCGAAUCUCUCCAAAAAAUUGUCAUGAAUAAACAGGCUAAAGCAGUCCAUCACUCAUUUGUAUUCCCUUUUUAAAUCUAAGCUAAUUCUUUGGUAAUUUACUGCUCUUAAGAAAAGUUGAUAUUAUCGUCCAUAUUACUGUGAAACAAACAGAACAUUCCCUACAAAACUGACAGCGAGCUGGAACAAAAAGGCUGGAUUGAUCUUCGAGAUGCAAUAUUUCCUCAGCAAAACAACAGGGUACAAGGUGGGGAGGGGUGGGGAGGGUCGUGAGGGGGAAGCACUCAGGUAGACCGUUGCUAAUAUCAAUUUCACAAUUGAUACUCAUUUUCUGCACACAUAUUCCUGCCCCCGGGGGCUUCAUGGGGUGGGGGCGGGGGAAAGCAUUGAACCAUAGAGGCGGUACGGCCCCCUCUUCACGCCCCCACCCCAAAGUAGCUAGGCACGUGCGGUUGAACUGCGCAUGCGUCGGAGUGAGCCUUUUCUUGGAAACAGAGUCGAGUUUUGAGGGCUCAGUUGACGCCGCUACUCUCACUUUUCGAAGAAUUGUUGUCAAAGAUAGCACAAGCUCCGGGACCUGGGACCCCUGCCCGAUUUAUUGAUGUUAUUGCUCCACUUGGUUAGCCCACUUGCCUCUCCACACACUCUUAUUUACAUCAGAGAGAGAGUGAUCAACAAAUUUUAUUUAUCAAAGUGUCUCCUCUUAUCAUGCAUGUGUGCAGAUUGACCUAAUAUUUUUCGCCACGUGCCAUUUUUAUCCAUCCUCUUGAAAUACCUGUUUCUGUGUGGAGAGAUAUUUCUCUCCACAUGCAAUUUCCAUCCAUCUAGUCUCUUCUUGCCAUAUGGUAUGGUAUUUGUCGAACUUACCCUGAUAUUUUUCUUCAUGUGUGAUUUUCAUCUAUCCAAGUCUUCUCUCAAAAUACCGGUUCACGUGUGAAACUUACCUUGAUUUUUCUCUUCUCGUGUCAUUUCUAUCUAUCCACGCCUCCUCUCAACAUACGUGUGUAUUAUUGUGGAACACACCCUAAUAUUUUUUCCUCGUGCAAAAGGGAAGAAAAGUAAUCUCGCUGGAAAACCUACCCGCUUUCUCUAACUCUUUCCCAGAUCAAACGCUGCGUUUCCGAUUCAACUAGUUGUGAAAGGAAAUCGAAUCUAAAACCUGCAAUGAAUUGAGGUUGAAAGAUUGCAUACACUUCUUCAAAUGACAGCUUCAGCACAAGUGUGGCGAAGCUCCAAAGAUUGCUGAAAUCUGAUGUCUGUUCACUCUCUGAAUAAAUUCUCCGCAGUUGAUAUGAGUAAGUGGACUCGCUUAAGAAUAACCUUAGUUCAUUCAUAUAAUUUACUCAAACCUGCAUACAUAUUUAUGUAUUUACUUCUUAAAAAAGCACAUACACAUCGAACAGUCUUUUGCAUUUCUUGAUGAAACUGUUUAUCAGACUUGUGAAAAUUAAGAUGAAAUAAGUAAUAUAACUCCAAUGAAUAAGAUAACAUAUUGAUGAAACUGGGAGUGACGAGGUAUGGAAAAAUGAAGAAAUGAGGACUUGCAUAGUGAAGUAUUCUAAAGUAUUGAUUUGGUAAGUAGGAAAAAAUAGCUGAAAGAGAAAGUUUAGAAGAGCUUGAGAAAGUGAACAUAGAUUACUAAGAUCAGAAUCCACGGAGUACUAUAUCGAGAUCAAUAACCACUGGAGUCGGCGGCUACACAGUCGAAUAAGCAUGACUUCUUAUAGGAUUAUAAUAAUUAUAGAUUCAAUUAUGUAUUAUUUCUACGUCUAUGAAAUCUUACUACAUUUGCCUCAUGAUUUGUUGACUAUUACUCGUAUAUUUAUCCAUUCCAUUUAUCGUCAGAUACUCUUCUAUUUCCUAUCAUUUAGAGUCUCAAAAAGGUUACAAAAAAUUCAUAUUUAUUCACGGUUCAAACAUGGCAGAUAAAAAUAUUUUCACCCUGAAAUCUCCGUUAAAGUUGACAGUUAAUGAUGUUGUGUAGCCUGAUGUAGGUUAGUUAUAAGGCUUCAAGAUUAUUGUGUACUUCUAAAAAUAUGCUACUAAAAUAUUCGAAUUGAUAAGAUUUGGAGUAGAUUUUAAUUUGAUGAAUGUUCCCUAAUUGAUGCACUCACAAACGAUGGAGAACCUUGCUAUUUCAAAAUGAAGAUUAACUGUAGAAUUCCAAAACCUGGUUUUCAAUGGGGUUCAUGGUUCAGUUAUUUAUGAGGGGAGUUGCCGUACUGAAUUUGGAAUCAAUGAAUAAUAUUCGGGAUUUUUUAGAAAAGCCUCAAUCAUGGAACAUUCAAAAUAAAUAAAAUGUAUUCUAUAACAAACACCUGCUAGUACAAAUUGUGGUUUUGAGAUAAAUGUAUUUAUAAAUUCUCUGUGAUAUUCGUUUUUUAUAAAUUUAAUACUCGUGUGUGCCAUCUUACAUUAGCCUAUAUUUAUAUUCUAGUGACUAGGCAAUUUAUUUGUCUAUUAUUUUCUUUAUCUAGCUUAACCAUUUUCUUAUUCUGUAUGCUUUGAAAAUUUCAAAAUUACUCUAAUUCCUCAUGUUGCUUAAUAAAUAUAUUAUCUAUCAAGUAAGUUACCUUUUGUAUUUAAUACAGACUAUUGGUAUGAGUUAUUUCGAUUUUUUCUAGAUUUAGUGCAAUAAAAUAAGAAUUUUUUAUCAUUUUAUAUGGUUUGUAUGAACUUCAAAGAUAUUCCCAAUGAAAAUCAAAAUAAGUUAAUAUUCAUUGUCAAAUAAAACUCGUAUCAAUAUGACAAAGUUAUUAUAUGUAUAUAUGUUCUAUUAUAUUUAUAUGUUUAAUUAUUAUAUUAUCGUAGUAUUGGCUAUUCAAUUGCGUAGAAAAUUAUGUACAUUAAUAUUUUAUAAAAACUGGAACUCAGUUAUUUAUAAAAAUCCAGUUCCAAGUAUAAAUAUUUUCAUUUCAACUAUCGUUUUUCCUCAUUUUUUCUAUUAUCGUAUUGAUAUUGAAUUCUCACCUGUAAAAAAUGUGUAGGCCUACAGUAAUAUUUGAUUGAAAUUGAAACUCAGGUAUUCAUAACGUUUAUUAGUUUUAACCAUAUUCAAAUUAUACUGUCAUAUUCCUUACUUAUGUAUUUUGUAUAUUAUAGGAAUCUCCAAUUCCAAGAACAAUCUAACAAAAAACUACACCACAUUGUAUUCAGGGAAACAAAUUCAAAUUAUCACCUCAACAAUUCUUUCUAGUGCUUAUACAUUUUUCAAAAUUAUUCGAAUCUAGGCUUCUCAGGUGUAAUGCGAAUUAAUUGUGAACAAUAGACAGUUCAUUAUUUUUAUAUGAAAGCUUGUUUUGGCUACAGCUCAUGAACAGGAAAUUUGAUGAAACUAUAGAAGUAUCUUAUCUUUUGAAAACUAAAUUUUCCAUUUUUGAUGUAAUUAUUAUCUAAAUAUUGAAUAAUGCUUAAAUAUUCUAUGAUAACCAAAAACUGGAAACACAUUUAAUUUACUAAUGAAGUGAAAUUAUUUAGUUAAUUGCAUUCGAUUAAUUCAUUUGAUUAAUUACAUUAAUUAAUUCGCACUUUUGUUUGUGCUUCACUCAUUGAUGAGUCCUCAUAUCUUAUCCUUCUACCAGAGGAGAAAAAAGUAUUUUCCAUUUGCAUUUCUAGAAAUAUGAUUCAUUCUUUACUUUAGAUUAUCAAUUUAAUAAUACACUCAAACCUUAAGUCCCUGAAGGGCAUUAUAAUUCAUUAAAUACAAAUAAAAUUUCCUAUUGAAAUCAAAGCUAAGAGCUAAGAAGUACCAAAUUUGGCCUAAACCUGUAUAGUUCAAAUUUUUGUAUUAAGAUUUUUCUCAAUCACUCACUUUUAUCUCACUUCUCUUAAUCAUUCCUAUCAAUCAAUCUCUUGAUAUUAUUGAUUAUAUCUUCCACUGCUCUCUAAAUAUAUGUGUCAUGCAUGUUCUGUAUGUUUGGAACAAUAUAUAUAGUAUUGUGUGUUGUAUUUUCAUGGAAGUAUGAAUGAAUAAUGUAUAUGUGUAUGACAGUGUUACUGAGCUUAAAAUGAAUGUUAUUGUUAUCCUUGAACGUCUUGUUUUUUAUGUAUAGUAUCGAUUCAUAGAAAAUUAAUUACUUUUCAAAUGAAUUGGCAGUAACCAAAAUUGGGCAGUAGCUUUUCCAUCUAUCCUCAAUUCACUGCCAUUUUGUGUGGAUCGUUAUAAUUAUAGCCUACUUGUGACUUGGAUGCUAUUUUGUAUUCUCCUCAAUGGUGAGAUCCACCUCAAGUCACCAUCAGUUCAAUGGGAAGAAUUAUUGUUGUGACUUAGUAAGAAUUAAGUUUGAAGUGGACCUCACUUUAGUAAACUAUUUACUCUACCUAUUAAGUGAUUGGUCAAAGAAUUAAAUUUGUUAAAUUUUGUGUGAAAAAUACUUUUUUGAAAAUGUAAGCCCUAUUUUUUCAAAGUAUUUUGGUAUUCUCUUGCAUCUUCCUUUGUUCUUAUGCAAUAUUAUAUUUGCAACAUGUUUUUAAUGUACCUAUUCUAGACAUACGAUUUGAAUCUAUUCCUGAUUUUUUUCUCUGAACCAAAUUAUAGCCGUCAUUAAAGUACAAACCUUCUCAAGCUUUUUGUAUCACUUGUAAAUUUCUAAUAUUGAUAUGUAAAUACUAGUGAAUAGUCGGCCAAUAUUUGAAACCAUAAGGUCAGUGACCUUUUUUGAUGUUUUGUAAAAAUUGUGUUCAAUCAAACGAAUUUGCUCAUAAAUGUAAAUAUUAUUGAUUGUAAAGGAUGUUUCAAUAUUUGUCUAUACUCGUAUUCAAGAAGUAAAACUUAAAUUUGUUUCCCGUUGAUUUUGGUGCUUAUAAACUAUGAUUUGAUAGAUAUACUAAUUAAUUUUUUUUUGUUGGUUUGAAUUUUUGAAAUGUCAGAGUUGAAAGCUCGAACAAGGAUAACGUUUCUAGUAAAAUUUUCCUGAGUAUUCCGUGUUAUUUUCCUGCCUUGAAGAUUGUGCAACCAGUUAUCUCUUAUUGUAUUAUUUCUUGUAAUUCAAUUAAUUAUCACUCUAAUCAAUAAUCCCACUGAUCCAAAACUGAGAAAAAAUAAUCUAUAUUUAUUUUAAAGUCCUUGUAAUUCAAUUUUGUUUGUUUUGGAAUAAGAGUUGAUGAGAGGUUGUUAAAAUAACAAUAUUAAUAUUUAAGUUUUAUUUCUUCAGUAUUUCAAAGCUCAAAUAAGAGUUGAUUUCAACUCCAUUAAGUCUGAAAAUAUCUAUUGGUAGUCUUUGAGUAUGGGUUGUUUUUUUCAAAUUUGAGGCUGCAUAGAGUUUAUUAAUAUUGACACAUAGGAAAUCAUUCAUGAAAAUUCAAAUGUAUUGCAUGUUUCAUAUUAUAGACCAUGAAAUGUUGUAGUCCUUUCAAUCACUCAAACUCCUAUGAUAUAGACCUCAUAUUAUUAUACACUACUUGUACUUCGAAACUGAUGUUUCAUGUGGGUACUCAUGUUUCUUACAUGUAAUUAAAUAUAAUUAUUAUACUCAUAUACCUCGAAAUCAACUUAUCAACUCUAACUCUGACAUUUAUUCCGACAAUAAUUUAUCUGAUACUUCAAUGAUAUUAUGAAUAAUAAAUAUUAUUUCGAUACCUUUAACAGUUGAAAAAACCCAGUUGUUAGUCAACUAACUUUUUAAAGGUUAUUUCUCAAUACCUACCACUUUAGUUUUAUUGAAUAUUUCUUCUCUGUUGAAACCUGUACCGUUGUUGUUGUCUAUUGUUACUAAUUUUUUUGAUAGGAUCAGUGUGUACUUUGUUAUUGUUAUUUCUUUACAUGUUUUGGUUGAUGUUACUUUGUCUGUUGUAUUAGAAGAGUAAAUAUUACAGUCAUAAUUG